AUGUUCAAUCUCUUUCUCCUCACCAUCAUAACAUUCCUCAUCACUCUAUUCCUUCUACCAUUAUCAUCCCUCUCACAAAACAACACAUCUCCAUGCCCACUGGAUUUCAACGUCCUCCCCAGACUAACAUCUGGGGGCUCCAAACGACCCACCACUUCAGACAUCGCCCAGCAGUGUCAGCACAUCCGUCAAGGCCUUCGACUUGUUCAAUCCCAUUACCUCCAAAAUAGCAACUCCUUCCUUCCUCCACCUGACUCUGCUGAAUCAUGCUGGCGCGCCUACCAGGUUCUCGUCGAUCGUUUCCUUCCCAAUUUCGACAUCCGCUCCUCUUGCGGCUUCAACACCAGCUGGAUCUCUCAGGGUUGUAUGAAAAUCACCACCAGGUCCCAGUUCGAGGCCAUCGUCCCUGUUUCUUCUCUCAAUGAUGUUGCUUCCAACUGUAACCAGUCCCUUGAGAAUAAUUCUCCGUGUGCUGCUUGUACUACUAGCUUGUCCACGCUGCAAGCCAGGUACUUGACGGGACCUUCCAUCGGGAAUGUUUCUGAUUGCCAGGGCUAUCCUUCUAUUUAUGCUGCGGCUUUUUCUAAUAGGUAUGGACCUACUGAUGAGGGCACUGCUAAGUGUUUGUUUUUAAUUGAUUUUGUUUCCAAGAAAUCUAGCAAGAAUAAGAGCAAAGUCAUAAUUUUGGGUGUUUUCUUAGUGGGUGGUGUUGGGUUGUUGGUAUUGAUUGGUUUGUGUUGGAUCUUUCGCAAUAAGAGGAAAAAGAAGACCGGCAACUUUGGGAGGGUAGUUGAGACAGAGUUGGGUUCUGGCUUGGAGUCCAUCGGUCAAAGUACUACUUUGAUUAAAUAUACAUUUGAUGAGAUUAGGAAGGCAACUAGAAAUUUUUCUAGGGAUAACAUUAUUGGGAGAGGAGGUUAUGGGAAUGUGUAUAAAGGUGAAUUGCCAGAUGGAUCUGUAGUUGCUUUUAAAAGAUUCAAGAAUUGCUCGGCUGCAGGUGAUGCUAAUUUUGCUCAUGAAGUUGAGGUUAUUGCGAGUGUCAGGCAUGUCAAUCUUGUUGCUUUGAGAGGAUAUUGUACUGCCACUAGUCAUUUCGAGGGUCACCAGAGGAUUAUCGUGUGCGAUUUGAUAAAGAAUGGCAGCUUGUAUGAUCAUUUAUUUGGGUCUACUGCAGAAAAGCUUACUUGGCCUAUUCGACAAAAGAUUGCUCUCGGGACUGCCAGAGGCUUGGCUUAUUUACACUAUGGCGCUCAACCGUCAAUUAUUCAUAGGGACAUUAAGGCUAGUAAUAUACUUUUGGAUGAGAAUUUUGAGCCCAAGGUUGCGGACUUCGGGCUAGCAAAGUUUACGCCAGAAGGAAUGACGCAUUUGAGCACCAGGGUAGCUGGGACUAUGGGAUAUGUUGCUCCUGAGUAUGCUCUGUAUGGGCAGUUAACAGAGAGAAGUGACGUGUUUAGCUUUGGUGUUGUGCUUCUUGAGCUUUUGAGUGGAAAGAAGGCACUUAUGGUGGAUCAUGAGGGACAACCAUCUAUUGUGACUGAUUGGGCAUGGUCAUUAGUGAGAGAAGGGAGCACUUUGGACGUUAUUGAGGAUGGCAUGCCGGAGAUAGGCUCACCAGAUGUUUUGGAGAAGUAUGUACUGGUGGCAGUUCUUUGUUCUCAUCCACAGUUAUAUGCUAGGCCAACAAUGGACCAGGUCGUGAAAAUGUUGGAAACAGACCUCUCAAUUCCCUCUAUUCCAGAAAGGCCAAUUUCUUUUGUAGCUGAGAUGGAUGAUAUUGAGAGAUCAGUGAGCAGUAGUGCCUCUGGUCAGCUUUCUAGUCCAACUGGCUAUCAGCAGUUCACAUUCGAGAACAAUCACCCUUCUAUCCGCAAGGAAGAAGGGUCAAGCUCAGAUUCUAGAAUUAUAGAAUAG